AUGCAAUCCUCUAAAGGCCUUCACAAGAAGCAAAAACUUCCAUAUAAAGGAUGCAAGAGAUUUUGUUGCAAUUGUCGGUUUAGUGUUUCUUCUUCUUCCGAGGAAACCGAAAGUGGGAAAUCUGACCGCUUCCCUACUGUCUCUAGCCUCGCGCACGCCAUGGUUCAAGAAAGAUUAGACCAAAUAAUCAGAGAAAGGCAAGAAAGAAGAUAUGAAGAGAGGAGGAGAAAGGUAAGAGAAAACAGUAACAAUAUCGGUUACAGUAAUAAUAAUAUCAAUAACAGUAGUACUAGUAAUAACAGUAACAGACUGUUUGUGAUGGUGGCUAUGGAGAAAUCAUCAUAUAAUCUUAGAGAAGAUUUUCGGGAAUCGAUGAUGGAGAUGAUCACGGCGAACCGGAUUUCAGAACCUAAAGAUUUACGCCGACUUUUGAAUUGUUAUGUAUCGAUGAAUUCAGAGGAAUUUCAUAGUGUUAUACUUGAGGUUUUUCAUGAGGUUUGCUCAAAUUUGUUCUUGUAUUGUAAGUGUCGUUGA